GGGGAGGAGGAGGGGAGGGUGAACUCAUUCUCGAAGCAGCAGACCUGCGCUACAACAAGGCUUGACUAAGCGGUUGCUGUCUCCAUGUGGAUCAAUGCCAAUAAGAGAGAGAGAAGUCAAUGAGAGCUCCUGCAGUUGUUUGGUUUGGAAACUUUAGCUUCAUAUCAGGCGCUUCUGGGCAGCUUGAAUGACACCGAGGAGGGCGGAAUCGGUUCCUCUUUGAUGCCUGCCUGUUCUGUAUUACAGCCUACAGCUCUUUCUUGGUCGGUAGGAUACAUGGCGACAUUGCUGUUUGUUUAUCUCUCUGCGUGAUUCGACUUAUUGCCAAUGAGCGCGAGUCGCAGCUUGUGUGAAGUUUAUCAUCAUCAUCAGCAGCAGCAGCAGAAGGAGCAGAAGACCUUUUAAGGAACUUUGUUUAAGGAGCGGGCAGAGUUGGACUGCUGGAGAAGUUGUGUGUUUUUUUCUUUUCUUUCUUUUGUGUGUUGAAGUUUUAUUUUACCAGAGGGAGUUAUGACUUCGGUUUGGAAAAGACUGCAGCGAGUUGGUAAAAAGGCUUCAAAGUUUCAGUUCGUCGCCUCCUACCAGGAACUGUCUUUGGAGUGUACGAAGAAAUGGCAACCAGACAAGCUAAGGGUGGUGUGGACCAGGAGGAACAGACGCAUGUGCUCAAAGCUCCACAGUUGGCAGCCUGGAAUCAAGAACCCCUACAGAGGCAUGGUGGUGUGGCCUGUCCCAGAGAACAUCGACAUCUCUGUUACACUCUUCAAGGAGGUCAAUGCUGAUGAGUUUGAGGACAAAGAGUGGACCUUUGUUAUUGAGGGUGAGAACAAGGGGCAUCGUAAGGUGCUGGCAUCAGCAGACAUCAACCUGAAGCGGUUUGCCAGUCCGACGCCAACCCAGACUGACCUGACACUGAAGCUGAAGCCGCUGUCCGUCAAAGUGGUGGAGGCCACGCUCAAGCUGUCACUGUCGUGUGUCUUUGUUCGUGAGGGGAAAGCCACGGAUGAAGACAUGCAGAGUUUGGCCAGCCUGAUGAGCGUCAAACCCACAGAUAUCGGCAACAUGGACGACUUUAAUGAGAGCGAUGAAGAGGAGGACAAGAAAUCUGUCACUGCUACAGUAGUUCCACAUACUCUAAUUCGCCCCAAUCGCCCUGCUCCCCCUCCACCCGACAAGCGAAACUCCACUGGACUCACUCUUCCAGCCUCAGCCUGUGAACGUGAUGGCGGACCUGCCGUCCACUCCCGCCCCCCUCUUCCCAUCGCUCCUCGCCCCUCGCCCCGGCGCUGCCGACACCCCUUCGCCACCGCCCCUGUCCAGUCAGAGAUCCAACCUUCCCCUGGCCCCUCCCCUCAGCCCUCACCCAGAUCCAAGCAUAAAAAAUCAAACAACCCUUUUCUAGAUGAGGCUCUUGCUUCUUCCGACGCACUACCUAAUCCUCCGAGCUCCCAGGUCACGGCACCUACUCCCUCGUUUCAGAGUACCUCCUCCGUCCUGCCUCUCUCUGAUGUGUCUCCUGCAAAUCCUCCGCUCCCCAAAUCCUCCCAGAAUCCACCUUCUACCCAAAACACUUCCUCUUCCCUCAAUUCUCCAGCUCCCAAAUUCUCAGAAUCUGUGUCUAUUUCAGUGGAGCCCUCUUUAACAAUGCCCUCUGCCCCCCUGAAUUCCUCCUCAACUACUGCCUCGAAACUGUCCUUAAAGCCCCCCGAAAGUACCUCAUUAACUGCCAAACUUCCCUCCCCUGCUGUGUCAUCACCCAUAAAUAUCAUAACAUCAUCCUCCACGGCUCCCCAAAAGUCUUCUCUCACUGUAUCCACUACUCUGACCCAUAAAACCAUCACCUCCCAGCAACUCCCAUCCAAAUCAGCCUCUCCACCAAAGACCACUCUGUCCUCUGAGCCCCCGUCCGCUCACCCUCCACUCACCCGGACCCUCUCUCAGCCUCCGUCUCUUCCCAGAAUCUUCCAGUCAGGCUCAGGAAAAGUCCCUGUUUCACAUCAACGGUGCCCCCCAGAGGUUCAAACUGAAGAUGAUCUUACUUCAACCUCUGGCCGUUCUCACAUUUUCAGACCUCAGAUUGUCAAGUCAAUCGCCCGUCCCUCCUCUCCCUCUCCUUUUUCCGCUGACGUCCCUCCUCUUACGUCAACACCUCCUCUUCCCAAAUCUCACCCCUCUAUCUCAGAGUCAGGUGCUCAAGGGGCGUGGCUGGCAUCUGGUGCUGACAUCACCCCUGUCCCUCUGCUGAGUAGUCCUGACCUUGAUGCUCUCUGCGACCCCAUGGCUCCGGCCCUUGCUGCCUCCCUUCCAUGCUCUUCACCCACUCGCUCCUCUUCUCUUUCCACCUCUGUUUUAUUCUCCUCUCCUCAACCUCAGCUUGUUGUCUCUCCUUCUGCUCCUCCUGCUAAGAUCAGCUCCUGUCAGUCAGGCUCAACGUUCCCCUUCACUCAAGUUGGCAAGGAAACAACUCUAAGCCGAGGCGAGGGAUCUCCUCAACAUAACCAGACAAUGGCCAACAUCAGAAUAUCUAACCAGGCAAUCACAGCAGCCCAGGAUUCAAAGGCAGCCAUCACAGAAAACAAAGCUGAACCAGCAAGGAUCAGCUCUGACAGAGAAGAUGUCGCUGAGGUGGUCACUGACACCCCUGUCAAGCCGGAGCAGCAGCCAAUAACAGCAAAAGACUCAGAAACACAUCCCAUAGUCCAACCUCCUGCACAACCCAGCGCACCGCCAGUUAAAGAGAAGCCCAAAGAGCCAGAGGGACCCAGCGUGGAACCAGCACCCUCACCCGAGGUUUCCCCCAAACCAGUCGGCGAGCGUGCAGCUUUGGCGCUGGAGCCGCUGCAGCCCUCAAAACCAGAACUAAGACUGCGGCCGGAACAAGUUCUCCAGCCAUCAGGAAAACCACAACAGGAGGAAGCAGAUGAGGAGAAACCAGCCGAGGCCGUGGCUGGUGGUCCGGAGGGUUUCGUCAACAAUAAGGCGCCAGUGUGUGAAGCAGAAAAGCAGCUGUGGGCGACUGUUGAGGAGACCACAGCGGAGACAGGAGCGGAAGGAGGGAUGGAAAGUAGUGAGAGCACUGAAGAGAAGGAUGAGAAGCAGGAGGAGGGUGGUGUAAUAGGGGGUGCCCAGAAAAGUGCAGAGGCAGAUGUGUGUGUUGCAGCGCAGCAGAUGGAGGUGCCUGCUGGCUUUAUGUCAGCAGUAGUCGGGGUGUUGUACAGAGGCUAUGAGACAGUGGCCUCCAUCCUGCAGACAACUGGAUCCACUGAUGCAGCUCAUCCAUCCCACUCUGCAGACCAACCAUGCCUCCUUAUGAUUAGUGAAGAUGAGCCAUGUUUACGUGAAGUAGAUGCAGAGAUGCUGUAUUUCUCUGAGCCAGAUGACAAUCCACUCAUUCCCAUUGGUGUGGACAAUUCACCACCCACAGCCUUCUCUGACACAAGAGAAAACCGGACAGAAUUAGUUCAGAAACCAUGUUUGCCCUCACAAGGGCUAAGUCUGGUGGCAAGUCUGAGACUGGCAGCUAGUGAGCAAGAGAAGGAGAAAGAGCUGGAGUGGGAGAGAAGGGAAAAAGAAAGGAUAGAAAACAUGAAGAGGGAGGAAAUAGAGAGGGCAGAGAGGGAGGAGAGAGAAGAGGCAGAAAGGAAAGAGAGAGAGAGGGUGGAAAAAGAAAAGGAGGAGAGGCAGAGGUUGGAAAAGGAGAGAGAAGAGAUGGAGAGGAAGGAAAUGGAAAAGGACGAGGAAAGAAAGAGGUUGGAAAAAGAGAGGAAAGAGCAGGAGAACAAGGAAAGGGACGAGAAGAAAAAGGCAGAGAAAGAGAGGGCAGAUGCGGAAGAAAAGAAAGCAAAUGAGGAGAGGGAGAAAAAGAUGGAAAGGGAGAAGAAGAGAAAGGAGAAGGAGGACGGGGUGAGGCAAAGGGAAGAGGAUAGCAAAGGAAAGAAACCACAGCAGAAACAAGAUAUAAUUUCUUCAGCAUCCCUGCAAAACAAACAGGAAGUCACAAACAACCAAUCAAAUGACUGGCCUCCUCUGAGGGAAGUGGAAUUGGAUGACAUUGCAUUUGAUGGCAGUCUACAGGCUGAUGAAGACCUGUCAGAAAACAAGUCUGAUCCCAAAGUAGUGAAAACGAUUGACACUAAUAAUGAAGCCAAACUGAUUUCGAUCAGUCCUGCUGAUUCUGUCCCUGCAGCCAGACCAACAAACAAGCUCGACUCCAGAUCAGUCAAACCUGAAGACUCUGUAGUCGCUGUUAAGAAAGUCCCGGAUAAUCCCAUUCUGAGAUCAGUUAAAAAAUCCAACCUGAAAUCUGGUGCCAUUCCAGUAUGGUUGAGAGAGGAGGAGGACGAGGAGGUGGAGUAUGAAAGAGGACAGGAAGAUCUUGGCUCCAUCUGGCUGGCUGAGCUGUACAUGGAAGGGGAAGCGGGCCCAGGCCUCCCGUCCCUUGCUGUUACCCAGACGCCCUCCUCACUACCUUCCAGUGAACAAACAUUUUACCAGGGCUCAGCCGCUAGUCAGCCAAAUGAACCCGAACACCCUUUAACCAGUCUGGCUGUCCGUCCUCAUCCUAAACCACCUUCGGGGUCUGAGCAAGAGGAAGGAAUCACUCAGACAACUAAGGUCAAACCUGCUUCCCAGUGUAGUGGGGUACAGCCAGUGAACGGACAGAAGGAUGAUGUCACAAAAACUGGUCCCAGCCUGGUGGCAGCAACCAAUGAGGAGGGAGAACUUGUUCAAUCAUCAGUGGUUCCCUGGCCUCUCCCUCCAAGCACAAACACUGCCAGCAUACACUCUGACAGCAAACACACCAACACACACACCGAUACCAAGAUCGAUAAGAUAAACAAUGACACAAAAAUGUCAGAAAUGGCUACAGACUCCAGUUUGAGCAUUCAUACACAGACACAUACCCCUGAUCUCAACAUUGUCACCAAAGAACAACAGCUCCAAGAGGAGGAGAGGCUCUUACUGGCUAAAAUUCAUCUGAUGACAGGCGAUGCAUCCCCAGUCUCUGGCCCUCGCAGUAUGAAGCUCCUCAUCCCCGACCCCUGUGAAAUUGACAGUGACACCACAGAGCUUGUUGAUCACAGUCAACACUCGAUUAUUCCCUGCUUUGAUACUCUGCAGGAAAUAUCACUAACUGAGGCAGAAGAGACACUGGCCAAUGAGCUGGAGCAAAAGAAAGAAGCAAGAGAGGAGGAUGUGCUAAAAGGCAAACUGGUCGACGUCCCUCAUGGUGCAGAGAAGAAACCACAAUCUCAGCCAAAAGACACCUCCAGCACAAACACCAGUGAUAAACAAACUCUUCACCAUCACUGUGAGAUGAAUACAUCUCGACUUCCUACGUUAGCAGAAGAAGAAACCUCUGACCUCAAGACCCCUGAUCCAGUUCCAAUGGUAAGAGAGGAAGCUGAUGGGAAGGAUGAUGCAGCUGAGGGCCUGGUGAACUCUAGCCAGUCACUGCUCCAGUGGUGUCAAAACAUCACCAAUGGGUACCGGGGGGUAAAGGUCACCAACUUCAGCACAUCCUGGAGAAAUGGCUUGGCCUUCUGUGCCAUCCUGCAUCACUUCCAUCCAGACAAAAUAGUUUUUGAUCAGUUGGACCCUCAUGACAUCAAAAUCAACAACAAGAAGGCGUUUGAUGGUUUCGAGGCACUGGGCAUCUCUCGUCUGUUGGAGCCGUCAGACAUGGUUCUUCUGUCCGUCCCUGACAGGCUCAUAGUCAUGACGUACCUCAGUCAGAUCCGCUCGCACUUUACCAACCAGGAGCUGAGUGUGCUGCAGAUAGAGCACAACAGCAGCCAAUCCAGCUAUGGCCUCGCUCUCUCAGGUCCUGGUCCCACUAAUGACGACGCUGCCGCUUUCUGCAUGGCCAGACUAAAUGAAGGAGUGAGCUUAGAGGAAGGAGGAAGCAGCACGUUGGUCGUCCCGCCACCAAGGACUAAACGACUGCUUAAAGUGGAAGAGUCAAUAACCCCAGUCCCACCCCCAAGGUCGAUUAACAAAGCAGUCAAAUCUGGAGUGGCUCAGAAUGAAGACACAGUGACUGGCUCUACAACAGAAAUCACUAAUAAUACAGAGUUGCAGAGCUCAGCUGAGACCCAGCUUCCCAAACAAGAAGAGGAAACAAUGGACACCAGCCAGUAUGUGCUGAGUGAGUUGGCAGCGUUGGAGACGGAGCAGAAGCACAUCGACAGCAGAGCCGCUGUGGUGGAGAGACGACUGCGAAGCCUCAUGGAAACAGGAAGCGACCGUGAUGAAGAGGAGAGACUGAUCCAGGAGUGGUUCACUCUGGUGAACAAGAAGAACGCUCUGAUACGCAGACAGGACAACCUGGAACUACUGCAAGAGGAGCAGGAUCUUGAAAGGAGAUUUGAGCUUCUGAACAGAGAACUUCGGGUCAUGAUGGCUAUAGAAGACUGGCAGAAGACGUCCACUCAGCAGCAGAGGGAGCAGCUGCUCCUCCAAGAGCUGGUGUCUUUGGUAAACCAACGGGACGAGAUCAUCAGAGACAUCGACGCCAAGGAGAGAGGGGCACUGGAGGAGGAUGAGCGUCUGGAGCGCGGUCUAGAGAUGAGGAGGCAAAAAUACAGCAACAAAGACAAAUGUGUGCUGCAGUGAGAGGAGAGGAGACACACAACCAGCUUUUACAACUGAGCCUCUGAAGUCCCGAAAGAUGAUUAUUUUUGUUUUAUCUUGAGUAAAAGAUAAAAAAAUAAAGAGGACUUCUAUAUUCUAUAUAAGAGUUCUAUAUUUCCUUGUUGUGUUUUAAGUGCCUUUAUUUUCCCAGACAACUGUUAAUAUAAGGAAACCUGACAGUCUGCAAACUGUGUCUUCUUUGAAAGUGUUCAAAAACCAUUUAAGUCUGUCUUAAUGUAAAAGUAUUAUUUUGAUUUUAUUCACAUAUUUUUAUUUAUUGAAAUUAUGUGUCAGAUUGCUGUACAUCUGUUGCACAUAUGGUGUUUUAUGUGUUUAUUUGUUUGUUCAGUAUUUGAUCACUGGUUUUUCCUCUUCUUUUUUUAUAUAAAGAAUAGGUUCCCAUCGGCACAACAAGAGCUUGUCAUAAUCUGUUGAGGUGGAAAUGUGUCCUUGGAACUUUUAUGGGAAAUCGUUUACAGUUGCUUCGGAUCUGCACACAUUGAGAUAUUUGUUCUGUUUCUUUCCACCCUGAAAGUGACAAAUAUUUGCUGGUAACACGCCAAAUCAGAGUAGAUAUAAAAAUAAUGUGUCAUGAGCUGGACUCAACCCCCUAAUGUUAGGAGUACAGGGUACAUGUUUUCAACUGUAGGAUGACCCCCCAGAAUCACACUUUGAUAGUAUGAAAGCAUUUCCACUUUUUGCAAUAUUACACGUGAUUGUUGUUGUUUUUCAGAUGUUACACAUUCUUCAUAUUAAGGAGUUAUUAAACUUCCUGAGCACACGAAGGAUGCAAAUACCCAGAAUGCCUUAAAACACCCAGAAUGUGUAUGUUUUGGAUGUUUGUGCCUGUUUGAUCCACAGAAAUGAAGCUGAGUUUCCUCAUUUCUGUGUCCUUUGACUACUGUAUGCAUGCUUUUUGAGAUGUGCUGAUAAAGUGGUACUCUGCUUCACAUCACCACUGUAUGCCUAUUACACACUGUAUACCUGAUGUUGCUGUCUAUAUUUAUGAGGUGGAGAUGUGAUGUUUGAUAUUGAUAAAUAUGUUAAAGAAAAAUAAAUAUUGGUUGGUUGCUUACACCUUUUAUCUAA